AUGAGUCUGUCAUAUCCAGACUUUCUAAUGAUGGAUGUGGGGAGAUUAAAUGCCCGUUCUGCAUAGACAAAUGUGACUCUGACAGCUAUGUUUUAAAGAGGACUUCCUGUUUGGAAAAGGCUUGUGGGGAAUUUCAGUUAAAAAGAACCCACAAUUACUUUUUCCAAGUCCAACAACAAUUGUUUACACUGCCAGAACGAAAUUACAAUGACUUUGUGGUUUGUGCUUUUGACAGGAACCACUGUGCCAAAAAUAAUUGUAAAGGAAAGAAUUUAUCGGGAUCCUUGUCACUGGCAAGAUGUUUUGCCAAAGCUAACCACUUUCUGGAUAGUAUGCAUUUUGCUCGAAAUGUUAGGCAGAUGGUACACGCGAAAGUGUGACUAGUCUUGUAAAGUACAACAAACAUUGGCUGGAAUUUGUUUCUGCAGAAUGCCCUCAGAUGGAAAGACUGUGAAAUGCUGUAACCCUGACUGUCCAUGUAUUGAAUUUCAUCCUUCUUGUUUGGCCAUUGCAACCCCACUUCCCAAGAGAUGGUAUUGUCCUCAGCGCUGCAGGCUUCCCCAGUUCAAGCGUUUGAGAGCCGCCCCAAAAACGAAGCACGGAAAGAUUUCUUCAGAAGUACAUCAGCCUUUAUCUCUUGAUAGUAUUUGUGUUUGCCAAGCAGUGCCACAGCAAUCAGACAAAUUACUAGAGUGUCACAGUGGAAAAUGUAAAAGUGGUAAUUUUUUCCACUUGACCUGUCUCGGUUACAAGAAAAUGCCGAACAACAGCAAGACCACUUGGCAGUGUAACAACUGCAAGAAAAUGAAGACAAAGUCAGUGGAUGCCAGUUCCAAUGCUUCAGCACUUACCUCUGUGGAAAUCGCACAAGAAACUACUGCUUGUCCUUCUUCAUCUCAUGAUGAUCAGUCUGAGACCAAUGAACUAGUUAGUGUGAAUGAUUCUGAGGAAAGUGAUGAUGUUGAGGUUACCACAUGUGAAUCUGAGAGACAUGCCUCUCUCAAAAAUCUGGAUGAACUAAAUUACCAGCUAAUUAACGCCCCAAAUGGUUGGCUUGAUUGCUCAAUUAUU